AGUGAGGAAGAGGUGUGGUCAGUGGAGAAACUGGAAGGGAAAGAGGAGGAGUAAAGAGCUGAUAACACUCAGACAGGUAGAUCACAAACGGCUUGCAGUGACUCAUAGAAACAUAGUAACAUAAAAAUAUAGGCUUCAUGUUUGAGGUAACCUACCUGCAUCUAUCAGAUGGUGAGUUACUCGGAGGUAGUUUAGGAUUCAGAGAGCAGCUGUGAUUUGUGGAUCUCCGUCGACGUCGCUGGAGGAUUCAAUGCCGACAUGGAUCACUCGUCUCGGGGCGUGUGUGAUUAAGAAAUAGCUGUCAACAACCGGGAAACGGAGUUAUUUUGAUUAACGGCAGGCAGGCCGGGUGAUGCUGAUGGACCAGGAUACUCAGUGGUUGUUACACCUCCUGGGCGAGGUCCAGCUGGAGAAGUUCUACCUGCGCGUCAGAGAUGGCCUCAACAUCACCCGCAUCGAGCACUUCCACUACGUCAAGGAGUCCGACCUGGAGCAAAUAGGAAUCAGCAAACCUGCACAAAGAAGAUUAUGGGAAGCUCUGAAACGCAACAAGAUAGCUUCACGAACACGGCAAUGGACGUCCAAGGGGGUCAGCAGUCGAGGUCCGGACGCAGGGGAGCAGUGGAGCGGAGGCGGCCCAGUUCCGGGUCCGGAGGGCGGUAGCCGGGCUCUUCCUUCUCUGAUCCAGGACAGCGAGCUGGUUGUGGGAGAGAAGCUGGGCUCCGGCUCCUUUGGGGUGGUGAAGAGGGGGGAAUGGCACACGCCCACUGGGAGAGUGUUGCCUGUAGCAGUGAAGUCACUAAGGAGCAGCAUGUCCAGGCAGACGGAGACACUGACAGACUUCCUCCAAGAGGUGACCACCAUGCAGUCUCUGGACCACCCCAACAUCAUCCGCCUUUAUGGCGUGGUGCUCACACAGCCCCUCAAGAUGGUAACAGAGCUGGCCCCCCUGGGCGCACUCUACGACAUGCUGCGCUCACGUCAGUUCGAGUAUCCUCUGGUUCGCCUCUGGCUCUUUGCCACCCAGAUCGCGGCGGGUAUGGACUACCUGGAGACCAGGAGGUUCAUCCACAGGGACCUGGCCGCGAGGAACGUCCUGCUGGCGUCCAGGGAGAUGGUGAAGAUCGGGGACUUUGGCCUGAUGAGAGGCCUGAGCCAGGAGACGGACCACUACGUGAUGACGGCACACAGAAGGAUCCCGUUUGCAUGGUGUGCUCCAGAGAGUCUUCGCGUCGGCUCUUUCUCCCACUCCUCAGACGUGUGGAUGUUUGGAGUCACCAUGUGGGAGAUGUUCACCUACUGUGAGGAGCCCUGGCUCGGUCUCUCAGGCCGACAGAUUUUGUGGCGUGUGGAACGGGAGGGGGAGCGCCUGGAGAAACCGCCGGAUUGCCCUCAAGAGCUGUACGGCGUCAUGAGGAAGUGCUGGGCCUGCAAUCCCGCUGACAGACCCACCUUCGCCCAGCUCGCCACAAUGGUGGCAGAGGCUAAACCGAUGGAGGUGCAAGCGACGAGAGACUUUGCUGAAGCCAGAAAACUUCAACUCGUGGCCAACGACCUCGUGACCGUCGUAGACCAUGGUCUGGAGCUGUGUGAGUGGAGAGGCCAGAACCAGAGGACGCUGAUGGUCGAGUGGUUUCCCGCGAGCCUCACCGUGCCGUCACUCCCUCCUCCUGCCGCCGCUGCCGCCGCCAACUCCGUGCCCAACCAAGCUCUCAUCUCGGCCCCGCUGAAGGGCAGCCUGCAGCACACCGGGCACGGAGACAUCAAACCUGAGCGCUGCUGGGGGACACCUGAGAACCUGGACGACGGUGGCAUCAGCUGCUGGAGGACGAUCCCUGGCAGGGAGAAGGAGGGCUCCAAUCUGCAGAAAAUGGCAGGUUUGUCUCAGAGCCUGGAGUCAGUGUUGAGUGGACCGCGGCCCAGGGCUAACACACAACCAGUAGGGGUGGUCAGAUUGGAUCAGCAUGGCAGACCCGUGCCCCACGUGAGGGCGGCUCAGAGCGUGGUGAUGCAGGACCCGCGGCGGUUCAGCGAGGCCAGCGCCGCCCCGCCUCCGCGGCCGCCGCCCCCCAACCUGAAACGCUUGAACAUGAAGCCCCAGAGGAGGACCACAAUCCACCCGAUCCCGGGCACCGUGGUGUGGCCUGUGCAGGUGGUCAUGCCCCCUGCAGCGCAGCCCAAACCUCCCAACCACUACCCGCCUCAGCAGGUCAUUGGAGGCUCCAACCUGGCUAAGAUGAGCAACAUGACACGCUCGACGCCGCAGCUGGACGACGAAAUGGACAACAGAGAGAGGGAGCGAGGCAGAAGUCGAGAGAGGCUGCCUCAAUUACAGCCCACAAGAGACAGCCUCACCGCACAGGUUAUGGAGGCGGUUCAUGGAGUGACCAUUGAAGAGGUUCAUGCUGCACUUCAACGUAGCGACUGGAACCCAGUGCGAGCUGAACAACAACUCAAGUUGGAGCAGCUGUACUCGCUGAGCCUCUGCUCCAGAGAGGACUGUGUGAGGAUCCUCGCCAGGUACCAGUGGAACCUGCAGUUGGCCAGCCGCUACCUGAUCCGGUGGUCGCGGGACGAGAGGCCCGGCCCCGGAGAGAGGGAGCGACCUCAAGUUAGCGCGGAAAGACGAGUCUGAAGUGGCUGAUUUUUACCUUCAUCAAUGGUUGACUUUUCAGCAACAACUCUGUCUGGCACUGGAAGCUGCCCAACACAACUAUGGGGACAGACGGGUGGUCCAGUGGAUAGAAAAGUAGAAAAGUGAAGAUGUUUGAAUGUAAAAAAGGAACAAUAUUUUGAAACAGGAAUUUAGCAAAAAGACUUCUGACUACUGUUUUUUUCUAUUUUUAAUGUCCAGCACAAUAUGUGCCUUUUGCAAAUAGUUUUUGUAUCUUAAUGAAUUUGUAUAUAUUGUAUUAGAAAUGAUUGUAUUAUUGAAUAAAAUGAUCCGGUCUUAAUGCUGA